ACUUGAUACUGUCUGGCUUCUGAGUAUCCGAACUCUCAGGAUGGAGGCCUUUACCUUCGCCGUCUCCACCCAGGUGGACUUUCCCAUCCACGUCAAGGUUGGCUCUCUAGAGGGAAAGCAGAAGGAAAUCUCCUUUUCCGUCCUCCUCCAACGGCCGGAUCUCCGUCACCUUGGCUCCGCUCAAAACCCUCACUCGGAUCUGUUCGUCACCGUGCAAUUAUGGUCCGAAUCCAAACCGCUGGGAGUACCUCUACAGACCCAAUACAAGGCGUUCAAAUCCGCGAGGUCAUGGAAUGAGUGGCUGCAAAUGCCCGUCUCAAUCAAAGACGCUCCCCUGAAGAGUCAGUUAGCUAUCACGGUCUGGGACUUAUCACCGUUCGGCGGCGAGGGAGCUCAUGGCCAUUACGUACCAUUCGGUGGAACAACAAUCCCACUCUUCGACGCGGACGGGAAGUUGAAGAUGGGCAGGCAGAAAUGCAAGAUAUACCGGCAUCGAGCUGCGGAUGGGUUCUCUUCGACCACCACCCCAUCUACUCCACCCCCCAAGCGUCGGAAAGCAAACGCUCCUGACCCACUGGGUCCGUCGUUGGAAGAAAUGGAGCUGGAAAGAGUUGAGGUGCUGAUUAAGAAGCAUGAGAUGGGGGAGCUGCCGCGUAUCGACUGGAUGGACCAGAUGGUCUUCCGACAAUUGGAGAGAUUGAAGCUCAAUGCUGAGGAGGCCGCGAGGAAACGGGCCAUACGCAUGAAGGCCAUCAAACACAAAAGCUCCGACGGCCGGAUAGAGGAUGGUGACGAUUCCGACGAAGAUAAGGUGGACGAUGAGAAUUUUACCCUCUACGUCGAAUUUCCCCGAUUCGACCAUCCCAUCGUUUGGGCUGACCACGAGUAUCCCGCCCCGCCAAUCUCGACAUAUCCCCCAAAUGCGCCCAUGAACACGAGUGCUCCGCUCAAACCCCUUCCAGAAGUCCGAUUUGGCCCCGGUAUUGAGGGUGCCGAUGGCAGUGGUGUGAUCAGGAUAUACGACCCCGAAGUCGGACAGACAGGAAAUCCAUGUGAGGACAAGCACCGAAGACUGAUUCGGAGCACCCGUACGGGCAUUAUGGAUCGGGAUUUGAAGCCAAACCCUAAGAUUCGCGACGAACUCAAUGUGAUUCUAUCAUACGAGCCCACUCAGGAUUUAACAGCAGAGGAGAAGGACCUUGUAUGGCGUUUUAGAUACUACCUGACGCGCGAAAAGAGGGCCCUCACUAAGUUUGUCAAGUCUGUAAACUGGCGUGACGUUGGCGAAGCACAUCAGGCAGUGGAAAUUCUGCCGAAAUGGACGGAAAUCGAUGUGGACGACGCACUCGAACUACUAGGGCCGACUUUUGACAACGCCGCGGUCCGUUCAUAUGCGGUGGAGAGACUCCGCAAAUCUGACGACGAGGAACUGCUACUCUAUCUGCUGCAACUAGUGCAGGCACUCAAAUACGAAGAAAAUCCAGAGGGCGCCGCAGGGGACGCUGCUCAUGACUCGUCGCUAGCUAACUUCCUCGUCACGCGCGCCGCAAACAAUUUCAAAUUAGGCAGCUAUCUACACUGGUACCUGAUGGUCGAAUGCGACGACACUGGGCCGGGUACAUUGUCCGCGCAACGCAGACUCUUCGCGAGGGUGGAAUAUUAUUUCAUGACAGAAUUGGAGCAGAUACAACCGGAGCAUCGUAAGACACUGCUACGGCAGGGCGAGCUCGUGGUCAUACUCACCAAGAUCGCGAAAGACGUCCGCUUCUCCCGCGAUAACCGCAUCCUCAAAAUCGAGAAGCUAAAGAAAUUCCUCAAAGACCCGAAACACGAACUGCUCCAGAUCGAUCCCCCAUUGCCACUGCCCCUAGACCCGGAGAUCAUGGUGACCGGCUGCCACCCGGACGAAGCCAACGUCUUCAAAUCCUCCCUCUCGCCGCUGCAGAUUGUCUUCAAGACCGCGGACGGCCGCAAAUACCCUAUAUUGUUCAAGGUCGGCGACGACCUCCGACAAGACCAGCUGGUCAUUCAGAUCAUCAUCCUCAUGGACCGCCUCCUCCAGAAAGAGAACCUCGACCUCAAACUCACCCCCUACCGCAUCCUAGCCACCAACGCCACCGCGGGCGCCGUGCAGUUCAUCCCCUCGGCCUCCCUAUCCGCCAUUUCGGCCAAAUACAAAUCCGUGCUCGCCUACCUCAAGGAGAACAACCCGGACGACACCGAGCCCCUCGGCGUCCGCAAGGAGACCAUGGACACCUACAUCAAGUCCUGCGCGGGGUACUGCGUCAUCACCUACCUCCUCGGCGUCGGCGACCGCCACCUGGAGAACCUGCUCCUCACCCCGGACGGCCACUUCUUCCACGCCGACUUCGGCUUCAUCCUCGGCCGCGACCCCAAACCGUUCGCCCCGAUGAUGAAGCUCUGCAAGGAGAUGGUCGAGGGCAUGGGCGGCACCACCUCCCCCCUGUACCUCCAGUUCAAGCAGUACUGCUUCACCGCCUACACCACGCUCCGCAAGUCCGCCAACCUGAUCCUGAACCUGUUCAGUCUGAUGGUCGACGCCAACAUCCCGGACAUCCGCGUCGAGCCGGACAAGGCCGUCCUCAAGGUCAAGGAGCGUUUUCACCUGGAAAUGACCGAGGAAGAGGCCAUCCGGCACUUCGAGCAGCUCAUCGGGGACAGCGUGAACGCCAUCUUCGGGGUGGUCAUCGAUCGGUUGCAUGAGUUUGUGCAGGGGUGGAGGGCUUGAUUCGGCUCCUUUUUUAUUGAUGGAUUCUUUCUAUAGCGAUGUUUACAAAUGUUCCGAGUCAUUGGGCAAUUCUUAGAAUAGGCAUGUAGGAGUCAGGCGCUCUCCAGAUGGGACGGAUGGGCGCAGAUUUACUUUUUUCCCCCUUGCUUUCCCUAUCCUUCAAAUGCCUCUACAUAGACAUGAAACAACGGGCGGUCAAUACCCUCUGUUCAGUUUCGCCUUUUCACGAUUUUCACAGAGAGACAAGAAUCCUUACCGUGCUCCUGGAAUCAUAAUCACAUAGAUAGACACAAGUCUAUUCACCUGG